AUGGAGAGAAAGUAAAAGAAAGGUUGAAGCCAACUGUUUGUCUGAUGUGGCAUAAUUCAACUGUUGGAAUCUUUCCCUCUUGUAGAUCAAGUUCAGAUGAGAUCUGUUGCCAUUUGCUUUUCAAUGUUACAAGCCCCCAGAGGCAGAACUUAUGGUUUACCUAAUUUUUGUCGGGAAGGCUUCCACAAUUUAAGUGGGAGUCGUGUAAAUGGUUCAAGCUUCAAGCUGCUUGCUUCCAAAACCUUUGGGUUUGAAGGAGGUUACAGUAGGAGAUGGACUAGAAGGCCUAUGACAUCAAAAACAGGAGGAAACAAGACUAACCAGACUGCUAAACCAAGUAACCUUGUGCAAAAAAAUUUAAAUGAAAAGGUUUCAACAAGCACUGCAUUGAAUUUAAACAAAACAGAAAUAAGUGAAAGUCAACAGCUUCAGUACUGUGGUAUUCAACAGAUGAUUGCAGAGAACAAAGACUUAACCGACCUUGUGACAUUUAUCAUUUAUGACACUGAGACUUCAGGUCUUAGCAGAAAAGAUGACCGAAUCAUUGAGAUAGCUCUUCAAGAUCUGUCAGGAGGUGAAAACAGCACAUUCCAAACAUUGGUUAAUCCUGGAUGCUAUGUUGCAAACUCACAUGUCCACGGGAUCACAACCAACAUGGUCUGUCGACCUGAUGUUCCAAGGAUGGAGGAACUAAUACCAAUCCUGCUGCAGUUUGUUAAAAGCCGUCAGAAACGGGGUUAUGUGUUGUGGGGUGCUCACAAUAGUUUUGCUUUUGAUUUACCAUUUUUGAUCAAUGAAUUUAGCCGUUGCUCUUAUGAGAUUCCUUCGAAUUGGUUGUUCAUGGACACGCUUUCUCUCGCACGUGAAUUGAUGAAGUCUGGAGGAUCAAAUCUCCCUUCAGGAACAUCCUUACAAGCACUUCGAGAGCACUACAAAAUUCCAUUAGUUGGUUCAGCUCACAGAGCCAUGUCUGAUGUAAGAACCUUAGCAAUGAUUCUACAGAUGUUGACAUUCGACUUGAAACUCUCACUUCCAAACCUUGUGGGAAGAUCUUCCACGGCCUUGGAAUAUAUCAACAAUAAAAGGAAAAAAAAUUCAGGCUAGUUUCAAGUUGCAUCUUUUAUCUUUGCUUAAUUAUUUGUUGUAAUCCUUAAUCCAUCCAUUCUUACCAAUAAAAUGCUAAGUGCCAUUUUUCAUUCAAUCACCAUAUGUCUCUUGUAUCAGUAACUUCCCAAGAAGAAUGAAAACAUCUUUUAAUUUUUUUUAGAAAUUGACAACUUUUUCAGGCUUGUUUAGUUCGACCACUAUAUGUUUAUCCUUGUGACUUUAGUUUCUGUUCUCUAAACUGCUAGCACCAAACAAAGGUUUGAUUUGUUUUGUUCACUAGAAAACAAAAAUUGUAGUAUCGAGGGCUAUAAACAA